AUGGAGCUAACUCCCAGCCACAAAUAUCAAUCUAUGAAGAAGAGGCAACUGGAGGUGAUGAGACAUCUUGUGGGCUGGGUGUCGCUAGCUGUCUGCAUGUAUGGACUCAAUGCAGAAUUGAUCUCUCAUUUACAUCCUCCAGGACAAGAAAUUUCUAUUGCUAACUGUGUCUUUCCAUUCAUCUAUGGUGGUGAAUUCCACUACAAUUGUAUCUCCGUCCACAGUGACUUUGACUGGUGUUCCCUUGAUUUUCAAUUCCAAGGAAGGUGGCGUUACUGCACAGCACUGGAUCCUCCAAUGUGUAUCUUCCCUUUCCAAUUCAGAAAAAAGACCAUGAAUGAAUGCACCAAGGAAGGCUACAUUUUGAAUCGAAGUUGGUGUUCGUUGACUGAAAACUACAACAAAGAUAGAAAAUGGAAGCAAUGUUCUCCUCACAAGUAA